AUAACCGGGCGAAUUGGCAUCGAUCUUCCCGCCCAGCCACUCUCACCAGGGAAGCGAGAGCUAGGGAAUAUAUGCAUCACAUGUUACGCGAACGAAUCUCCUUUCACGAUUUUGUUCGAGAGAGGAAGCAGACUCUUUAAAGGCCUUCGUCAACCCGGGUGGGCUCAUCGCGAAGCAUUGAUUGCGCUCUGUGCUUGCAUAUCCGGCGAUAUUGGCAGGUCAACAACCAUGGAUACGGAGGGUACAUGAGCUUCGCUAUCGCCACUGGUGCAAGCUCGAUACCUUUCAGUUCAGUCUUACAUCCGCGUUGUCGAUGAUGGCCCCGCUUUUCUCAAUCAUUGCGGCUAUAGCUCUUUGUGCGACAGCGGUCGCCGCAACAUCAAUUGAAAACAAGACCUAUGAGUACAUAGUCGUAGGUUCUGGACCCGGCGGUGGGCCACUUGCAUCCAAUCUUGCCCGAGCUGGUCACUCAGUGUUACUUCUUGAAGCGGGAGAUGACCAGACGGAAAACCUCAAUGUGUCGAACUGGGUGAACUUCAAUCUAGCCGGCAACGAUCCCGUUACACGCUGGGACUUCUUCGUGAAGCAUUCCGAUGACGAGGCUAGGGAAGCGAGGUACUUGCAUCGAACGUGGCGUAAGUCGGAUGGAGGGUUCUACGUCGGCAUCGAGCCGCCGACGGGAUCUGAAGCUCUUGGGAUUUACUAUCCGCGCGCGGGCACUCUAGGUGGGUGUGCGAUGCACAACGGCUGCUUGACCAUGAACCCCAACGAUGCAGACUGGGAUGAAAUUGCAGAGAUGACCGAGGACGACUCAUGGUCGCAUGAGAAUAUGAGGAAGUAUCUCAUCAAGCUCGAAAAGGUGCACUACAACAGCACAUACAAGCAUGGUCACGACGGCUGGCUCGACAUGACCAUGCUAGACCCAGGUUACACUACCAGUGCGGAUGCGAAGCAGCUCAGUGAGCUCGCAGCACAGGCUGCUGGCUACCCAGUCUCCUCCGCUUCGACGUUACUGCAGCGCGAUAUGAAUGGCGCUCAGCCAGAUCGAGACCAGCUUGUUGGACCUUUCGGUGGGGUCAGCCACAUCAACCCCAACGGACGUCGGUCAUCUCCUGGGUACUACGCAAGAGACACAGCUGCUUCUGGUAAAUACCCUCUAACCAUCUCGCUGGAUACACUUGCCACGAAGAUCAUCUUCGAUAAGGUGUCUACAGGACCACCUAGAGCAGUCGGUAUCGAGUACUUGCAAGGCAAGAGCUUGUACGGUGCUGAUCCUCGUUCCAACGCUGAAGACAAGGGUGUCGCAGGGAAAGCGUUCGCAUCUAAAGAAGUCAUUAUCUCUGGCGGCGCAUUCAACUCACCGCAACUGCUCAUGCUCUCUGGGAUUGGUCCGCUCGAUCAACUUACGAAGUUCAACAUCUCGCCCGUGGUAGAGUUGCCAGGUGUGGGUAGACAGAUGGCCGACAACUAUGAGGCUGGUAUAUUGUCAGUCGGAAAGCGUGCUGUUACUGGCAUGUCGGAGAUCUUUCCCAACUUCUGGAAGACUUCCACUUCGCAACUGGGAAUUCGCGACAUCUACAUGUGGUGUGGUUCUUUCGCAUUCGAAGGCUUCUGGCCAGGCUUUCCAAAUCGCCCUCCACACUUCAACGAGACCUACGGCCCAGCACAAUACGAGUGCGCAAUGGUCCACAUGAACCCGCGUUCGCAAGCCGGCACGGUCGAACUUCGAUCCGCCAACCCGCGCGAUGCGCCUGCCAUCAAUCUCAACUUCUUCAAAGACGGCGCAGAGGAAGAUAUCCAAGCCAUCUACGAAGGUGUCGAGUGGGUACGUUCCUGGCUGUCAAAAGUGGACCCGUCUGCGCAUGAUUCGCUAGCACCUUUCGAAGAGCUCCACCCCUGCGAGGGUGUGAUAGGGAAGCAAAACUGCACAGUUGAGAGCCAGAAAAUGUUCAUCAAGGAGCAAGCGUACAGCCAUCACGCUAGUAGCAGUUGUAGGAUUGGUGCUAAUGGAGAUAAGUUCGCGGUACUGGAUAGCAAGUUCAGGGUGAGGGGAACGAAGGGUCUGCGAGUUGUAGAUGCAAGCUCGUUCCCAAAGGUGCCUGGAGGUUUCCCUAUACUGCCUACCAUGAUGAUCAGCGAAAAGGCUACCGAAGUUAUACUCGCUGGGUUGUAAGGUCGCAUACCUACGUAGCUCGCCUGCGCAUCCAACGCAGUCAGUAAAUUGUUCGCAGACAAACUCAGCUUGUACAUGCUCUGAUAUGGGUCUGUUUGUCCGUGGAAAGUCUGCGGCCAGCAUAGACAACAACGUUUAGUCUGCUCAGCCGGAAUGCCAUAACGUCCCCAAGGUUGGAGAUCGCGAUCUCGGAGUUCGCAGCCCGCACAGUCGGACCUUCUUGUCCGACCCAGAACGCGACCGCCGUACCUGCCCAUGCAGCGUCCUAUCGCGUGGACCUACUGCAUCGGGAUUUUGCGACAAUACUCACAGCUUCGAUGAAUAGGCGAUGAGAGAAUAGUGCAGCGUCCAAAGAUGGUAGCUGUCAUACACGCGGUGC